UAUUAUCUUCGCAGCUCCAACAGCAUAAAAGCUCCAAUGUUAUCAAAAGUCUACUACAAACCUCACAACAUCAACUCAUGCUCGUUAAUGGAGGUGACUAUGAUCAAUUUUGAGGUCCUAUGACUAAAGUUUAUAUGGACUCAGAAAGUUAGGACUAAGUAGGCAUGCGCGUGGGUGUAGAUAUGUGCAAUUGAUAUGUUAUCAAAGUCAUAGAUGCAAGGGGAAGAAAAGACAAACUUGGGAUUUGCGCGGUCGGACUUUUGCCUCAAAUCAGUGUAACACGCGCAGAAACACAGACAGAAUGGGCUACGACUAUACAACGGUCCAUGUUAUCUACAACGUCCCAGUGGCAGUCGGGCUUACCGCUGCCUUCUGGCCCUUCAUGACGCGCCUGGACUGGGCGCGAAUAUUCACCAUGAUAGCACUCACAGCCACGAUUCCGUGGGAUUCAUACCUUGUGCGCCGCCGGGCCUGGACUUACCCCCGGGAAGCCGUGACCGGCUACACAUUGUGUUCCAUUCCUCUGGAAGAGGUCUUCUUUUUUGUCAUCCAGACAUACAGCACCGAUAUGCUGUACACCAUACUCACCCGUCGAUUGGUGUUCCCUGCCUUUGUGCGACCAGCAAGUGGGAAAUCCUUCAGCGUGGGAAUCCUGGUCCUGGCUUGGGCUGGUGCCAUAGGUGUCAAAUACCUCCUAGAUGGAGGUCGGUACACCUACAUGGGGUUGAUUCUGGUUUGGGCUUGUCCGUUUCUGCUGGCUCAGUGGGCAAUCGCCGGCCACUUCAUAUUGGCUCUCCCUCGCCGCGAGAUUUUUCUGUCAGUAAUGCUCCCAACAAUGUUACUAUGGAUAGUGGACACAUUGUCAAUGCGGCGAGGAACGUGGGUCAUCGAGAAUGGCACGAAACUGGGCUGGGAGGUAUGGAGGAAUAUGGAUAUCGAAGAAGCCGUCUUCUUCCUCCUAACGAACGUGCUGAUCGUGUUCGGAUUUGCCGCAAUCGACUUUACCAUAGCCCUAACCGAUGGCAAGCUCGCUCAAUCCAAGUCGAGUAUCCACGGUGUUCCUUCCUACGGGCAAAUCUUCCGGAACUUCGUUUUCUCGCCACAGAAACUAGAUCCUGACUUUGUGGCUCUCCUGAGCAAGGCAGUUCGAUGUUUGGCUACCAGUAGUCAGAGUAUGUACAUGGGAAGCAGUAUGCUUCAGGGAUUCCUGCACAUUGAUCUCAUCUUCCUGAAAGGAAGCCUCAGAUAUUAUUUCUGUCGGGUGGCCGACGACCUGAUCGACAACUCUCCAGACCGAAUUACAGCAGAACAUCAGGGGGAACCUAAGCCUUCGGAGCUGAGUGAACCGAUAGCGGCUCUCCCCGCCUCCCGACUGCGCCUUUCGCCUCUCCAAGGUCUCCUGGAGGGGUUCCGCACCGAUACCAAGAAUCACGUCGCAGGCACCGUGGCCGCCAGCGUGCUGGACCUCGUGUUCCACCACUUCCCCCAUCAUGCGUCGGCGAACCGUGCCACUACGCGGCGAGCGGUGAUUGCGGCCGGCGAGCAGACUGGCCAAGGUUUUAAGUUGGUCAACAUCGCGCGCGACAUCGACCGGGACUCGCGGAUCAAUCGGGGCAUCACCCCGACAGACGUGCUGGACAAUCCGGAUAGUGCUCCGGUGGAACGGUUGAGGAGACGCCUUCUCCUCAAGGCACAAAAGCUGCAUGACGAGGCAGUCGGCGCCCUAGCAUCCCUGCCCUCCAUGGUGCAGGGCCCUCUACGGACGACCAUCGCAAGUUACAUGGCGAUCGGGGCGGCACUUCAGCGCGGGGGUCGCGCGCCUCCGGGUGAGAAACUGCGGCUUCCCUUGUUGCGCCGUGCGGUGAUUGCAUUUCGCGCCAUGACGACAAGGUCUUAG